UAGUUAACACUUGUCAUUUAAAUUUUUGUCCCUAUAAAAAUAUGUAUAUACAUCUAGCAGUCUAUGUUUGCUUUUAAUACAGGCUUUAAAUUUCCACAAUAUUACUACCGUUUCUUUUCAAAAUAAAACCAUUAAGUGAGGAACACCCAACAUGUCCUCGCCCACCAACUUCGACCGAUCCAUGCUGGUGGAGUACAGUGCUGCCUUCAUGUACUACAUCGAGAAGCACAAGCUGAUGGAGGUAAUGAGUCGCAUUUUAGCUGAGAUUUCCGUGGCGGAGGGAGUAACCGACGUUCGGCGCUGGAUGGGCGAGAAUAUAGCGCGGAUCGGUGUAGCUAUAUACACGAAAUCGCUGGACGCCUUCUACCGCGGGGUGUCGGGCGACUUCUACCAGCUACCCAGGAGCUUCUACCACCGAAUCGUUCUGCACGGGAAGCCGGGAUCCGGUCGCCGAUCCCUGGCCCAUGUCCUGGCACAGCGAUGGAACCUGCUGAUCCUGGACGCGGAUGUCCUGACCUACCACAGCAUCAACAGUCGGGUGCAGGACGAGCACUCCCGACUGCUCCAGGACGCCAUAGAAAAGGACUGCGUUUACAAGAGGUCGGAGGCAGUGGGGAACCUCAUCCAGAACAGACUCCUCAAGGAGGACGCCCUCCACAGGGGUUGGAUCCUGAUCAACUACCCCAACAACAAGUGCGAGGCCGAGGAGCUCUUCGAGGGCUUCACUGUACCGCCGAACCGGUUCGUCUUCCUGCAAAUCGAUGAGCGCAUGGCCCGCAUGCGGAUCCUGAUGAACAGCUACUCGCCAGGACCUCAAGCCCACGUCAGUUUCCUGGAUCGCCAGAUGGCCCAGUUCCGAAAGAGCGAGCCAGCCCUGAAUGCCUACCUCAGCCAGCGGAGGGAAGUGAUCUACGUGGACGCCUCGCCGUGCUUCGAGGAAGUCAAGUGCGCCAUCAUAUCGCAACUCACCAAAUCCACCUAUGUCCUGGGCAAAAAGAAAGGAGAGGCCAAUGCCAAAAUAUGAAUUUAACUCCCAGCUCUGUGCACUGAAAUUGAGUAACAAUGUGUUCUCCAAGUCCUUCUGAUUACUCUCGUUAUUAUUAUUGUUUGCUCAAGUGUCA